UUGGAAGCGCGUGUUGCCACCUUCCCCGCGUGACGUCAGCCCAGUUGUUUUGGGUCGCUCGGCCAAUCGGAAGCGCGCUCGCACUUCUACAGAAGCCGAGGUGGGUCCAACCUCGCGCCAGCUUUUAUCCUCCGUUACUCAUCACAACGCCCCCUCGGUAGGGUGCAUGCACGGGGCUCUGCUUUAAACAGCAGGUCUGAGAUGGGAACCCCAUUGCAGUUGCAGAACGAUUUCUAUCCAGAGCAGCAGCACUAUAAGCAGCACUACUGCGGACGCGAGGAAGAGCGCUCCAUCAGGCACUGCACCUGCAACAACUCCUCCACCUUCGAGGAUGCCAGAAAAAGCCAGCCUUUGCACGGGACGCCACUGGGAACUUUAAGGACACCGUCCGUCUCAUCUUCAACCAGGCAAGGCGCUCAGUACAGCGAGUUCACGCCUUCUAGUCAUGGUAGUUCAUCCAGACACCAUCAGCACCACCAUCAUCAUCAUCCUCCUCGCGAUCACAACCGCCAGCAGACACGGGGCAGUCCGGCCAGCAGUCACAGAGAGAGUAACUCUUACACCCAAAUAGCCAUGAGCAGCUGCAGAUACAACGGCGGCGUGAUGCGGCCGCUCAGUAACUUGAGCUCGUCCCGCAGAAACCUGCACGAGUUUGACUCGGAGUCCCAGCCGCUGCAGCCCGUCUCUGCGGCGGACGCGUCCGACACGCUCGCCUCCAAGCAGGAGAACAACUCCGCCACCCUCAUGCCUUACUCGGCGGGGGACAGGGGAGGAGGAGGAGGAGGUGGAUGUAGCCACGGCGGCGGCAAAUCGGGCAAAAAGAAGAACCAGAACAUUGGCCAGAAGCUCGGGCACAGGAGGGCCCUGUUUGAGAAGAGAAAGCGCCUGAGCGACUACGCGCUCAUCUUUGGGAUGUUUGGCAUCGUGGUGAUGGUCAUUGAAACGGAACUCUCGUGGGGAGCCUACGGAAAGGAGUCACUGUAUUCUUUAGCCCUAAAAUGCCUGAUAAGCCUUUCUACCAUCAUUCUUCUUGGGUUGAUUAUCAUAUAUCAUGCCAGGGAAAUCCAGCUGUUCAUGGUGGACAACGCUGCAGACGACUGGAGGAUAGCCAUGACCUACGAGCGCAUCUUCUUCAUCUGUCUGGAGAUCUUGGUGUGCGCCAUACACCCCAUCCCGGGCAACUACACCUUCACGUGGACGGCGCGGCUCGCCUUUUCCUACGCACCAUCCAAGACAGAUGCUGACGUGGAUAUUAUCCUGUCCAUUCCCAUGUUUCUCCGUCUGUACCUCAUUGCUCGUGUCAUGCUGCUGCACAGCAAACUCUUCACUGAUGCGUCGUCACGCAGUAUCGGUGCCCUCAACAAGAUCAACUUCAACACACGCUUUGUCAUGAAGACCCUCAUGACUAUCUGUCCCGGGACAGUGCUGCUGGUGUUCACCAUUUCUCUGUGGAUCAUCGCCGCCUGGACUGUGAGGGCGUGCGAAAGAUACCACGACAACAUGGAUGUAACCAGCAAUUUCCUUGGAGCCAUGUGGUUGAUUUCAAUAACUUUUCUAACCAUUGGAUAUGGGGAUAUGGUCCCCAAUACAUACUGUGGGAAAGGAGUCUGUCUCCUCACCGGCAUCAUGGGAGCCGGAUGCACUGCUUUGGUGGUCGCUGUGGUCGCAAAAAAACUGGAAUUAACCAAAGCCGAAAAACAUGUACAUAACUUUAUGAUGGACACCCAGCUGACAAAAAGGGUGAAAAACACAGCUGCUAAUGUUCUCAGGGAGACGUGGCUCAUUUAUAAAAACACCAAGCUGGUGAGGAAGAUGGACCACGCCAGAGUCAGGAAACAUCAACGCAAGUUCCUUCAAGCCAUUCACCAAGCUCGAAAGUACCACUACUGGGCUCUGAAUGGUCUUGUGUUCAGAUUAAGAAGUGUAAAAAUGGAGCAACGCAAGCUGAAUGACCAAGCUAACUCUCUAGUGGACCUUGCAAAGACUCAAAACGUCAUGUACGACCUGGUCUCGGACCUGAACGAACGGGGCGAGGACAUGGAGAAGAGGAUCGCGCUGCUGGAGACAAAACUGGAGACGUUGCUCAGCAACUUACAGGCGCUUCCAGGCCUCAUCAGUCAGGUGAUCAGCCAGCAACACCGGGACUUCCUGGAGGUGCAACUCCAGCCGUACGACAAACACAACCACGAGCGCUCGCAGUCUGUCUCCCGGCGCCGAUCGUCUUCCACCGCGCCGCCCACUUCCUCCGAGAGCAGCUAGAGCUGCCAGCCCAGCCGGCGUCUCCGGAGAAGACUUUCGCCAUCAUAUGGCCAAGUUGCAUUUUACUGUAAAGCCUUAUGGUUUCAAUAAAGUAUUAUCCAAAUUCUGAUGACACCAUCAGAGGUUACUGGGGAUAAUGCGGUUGAAAUGGAAACUUCCAUACAUAUCUUCUCAAAUUUGUUUUUUUACUUUAAUAAAUGAUGCUGUUUCUCUGUUGAGAGGAUCACAGAGAGACUUUUCUCAGUAACUAAUGUUGGAAAGAUAUCAGGUGAGCAAGUCCUACCUUGGGACUUAAUUCAGGAAAGCAAUGUGACGACCUCAAAUGGCACCGAAUAGUGCCAGACUAGUGCUUCCAACUGAAUUGUCUGUCUCUGCGUAUGUGAAUGAGAUCUGACCUGUUCUUUGAAUCAACAGGCUUUAAUAACUCUUUAUUGAGGAGCUAAUAGCAUGUCUGAACCCGAGACAGGGGCAGAUGAGGAAUGCCUCCCCUUCCUGUCCAAAUAGCAAAAACCCUAGAUUUAAACUUUGAAAGGAAAGCAUAUAUCUUUUAGGUUAGGAAACGGCAUCAGCUGUAGAGAUCUUCUGUUGUAAGCCCUCUAAAAGUGACUAUUCUGGGGGCCACGUUGCAAAUAAUUUACUCCUCUCGAAAUGAAUGCAUCUGAAUCUAUACUUGCACUUUUUAUCAAUGCACUUCAAUGCUUACUGACUAUAAUAUGAAUUUAUGUUGCUCAUUCAAAUAGAAAGACACCUUUAGUCAUAGGAUAACGGCCAGAAUGUACAAAGAUAAUGAUUGUGUAGGCAACAGCAAGGGCAGCAACUGAGACCUCAACUGAAAGGACUGUGCUUACAAUGUAGAUGUUAUUGUACCAACGUCUCCAUUAGUUCCAACAGCAAUUGACGUAUCUUUAUGGUGUAGCUGAGGGGAAACUCUCUCGGUUUACUGUGUGCUUUAUGCUUAAACUGUCUUCAAAACGAGACGAGAUCUACCGGAUGCUGUUUAUUGACGUAGAUAUGUUUAAGAGCAGCAACAACAAUCUUGUAUAUGUUUGGAAAUGCCUAUUUUUGUAUUUCAAUGGGGACAAGCACACCUCCAAAUGCGUAUGUCUUUCUCAAAGGAUGUGUGGUAAAGAACUGUAGUCGAGUGUGGAAGUGGAAUGUAGAACCAAAGCUUUUCAAAAUGGGCAGAAAGUAGGGAAACGGAUGGUACUUUGGAAGAUCUUACUAGUAAACCAUACUAUUUACUGUAAUGGAUUUCUCUGGGAUGGUCCUGUGAAUUCAGCCUGUUUUCUGGUGUUAAAGGUCAAACAACUCCACAGCACAAAUCUAAAUAAAGAAGUCUCAUGCUUAUUGUCCGAUCAAUCAGUCUCACGCCUUUCAGAAUGUAAACACAAAUGUCUGUCUGAUGCAAAGAAUUGAUUACCAAAAAACUAUUUAUUGUAGGAGAUAUUAUGACAGGUUCACCAUACUUUACUAUCAUUUAUUGAUAGCAUGUUAUUGAUAGAUCUGUGCACUUUAGAUUCUAAAGAUAUACAGUAUGAUGGGUUAAUGUUGGAUAUAUUGGUGCAUUUCAUGACCUGGCCCAGCAACAACACAUCCCAGGGUUACAGAACCUAAUGAAACAAUGGUGGAUCCAGCAAUUUCACCAACAUAGAAACUAUGAGUGAUUAAAUACUGUAUGCAAAAUGAAUAUAAACAAUAAAAUGAAACUAUUUAACAGAAAA